UCACGUGGAAAGGAGGAUCAGCUUUCGGAAGACCCUAGUGGAGUAGGGAGGGGCGGAGAAAGACCGAAACCAUAUGCCCUAAUACACUAUUAAAAAGUAUCCCCUCAUUUGUGUUUAAAGGACGAAGAGAGAGAGAGAGAGAGAGAGAGAUCCUGAGCAAAGGGAUUAGGAGAAUAUGGAAGAUGAGUGUGAAUAUACUCGCAGCCCUGCCUGGGAAGAACUGGAGCCGGAGAAACCGGCAGAGACCGCAACCGGAAUUCACCACCCCGCCGUGGGUGCUGUCGGGGGCUCGGGGCCGGUGGUGGACGAGUCAUCCGACAGCGAGGGAGAACAAGAAGGGCCGCAGAAACUUAUCAGGAAAGUGUCGACCUCCGGGCAAAUACGAAGCAAGACGAGUGUGAAGGAAGGUCUUCUUUUAAAACAGACAAGCUCUUUCCAGCGCUGGAAAAAACGUUAUUUCAAAUUGCGGGGAAGGACACUUUAUUACGCCAAGGAUGCCAAGACGGGUGGCGUUUUGGCCCGCUGGCAGUAUCGGGUCUCUCGCAGCCGUGUGUGCUGGAGGGUGCUUUCUGUCUGCUGGACGGGUGCUCGUCGUCCGCCUCCCACACUCGGUGCCAGUGGAUCGGAGGAAGGCUUGGUGGCUCUUCGGUCUCUUAUUUUUGAUGAAGUGGAUCUGUCAGAUGCCAGUGUUGCAGAAUCAAGCACAAAGAAUGUCAACAACAGUUUCACGAGUCACUGA